AUGACUGUAAAUGAGAAUAUUAGUGACUUUAAGAUAUUCAAUAAAAAGGAUAUUAUAUAUAAAGUUGCAGAUGAUGCUAAAGUAAAAUUAUAUGAUUUGGAAAAUCAAAAAGAAAUUACAAAUAACAUUUAUAAUCAAUUUGAAUAUAACUAUACAAACUUUCUUAAAGAUGGAGAUUUUGUAUUAUUUAAUACUCCCUAA